AUGGGCCAAGGACAGAGUUCUAUCCCGACGACGGAAGUGGCGGCGCUCGUUGAGCUCUACGACGCGCUUAAUGGCGACCGCUGGCGCCGUCGCGAUGGCUGGAAACAAACGACGCAAGACCCAGAGCAGUGGUUUGGUGUCGAAGUGUCCAUGGGUCAUGUCGUGGCGCUGGAACUCCGAGCAAAUGAUCUGAGUGGAUGUCUGCCAGCGGCCAGCCUUACACGUCUGCCGCAGCUCCGCGUACUCGACUUGUCCAAGAACCGGCUACAAGGCGACAUCCCGGUCGAGGUGGGGACACUCAGGUCACUCAAGCGUAUGGACUUGAGCUGCAACGAUCUGACGGGCGCCAUCCCGCGUCAGAUUGGCGCCUGUAAAAGCCUGCAGGAGCUUAAUCUGUACCAGAAUGCGCUGUCUGGGACACUACCAAAGGAGCUCGGCAAGCUCCAGAGUCUACGGACAUUGCAGCUGCAGCACAAUAACUUGUGUGGAGCUCUGCCCGAGGCACUUUGUGAACUGACGCAGCUAAGCAAGGUCAGCCUGCGUGGCAAUUGUCUGACAGGACGCAUCCCCAAGGACAUUGGCCGCAUGCAGUCGCUCGUAUUCUUAUCGCUACGCAACAACGAACUCACGGGUAUCAUCCCGCCGUCUCUCGGCUGCUGCAAGACACUUGAGUUCCUUAAUCUUUCCAGCAACCAGCUUAGUGGAUCUAUCCCGGAGUCACUAGGCGAGCUUGAAGAUCUCGAGUAUCUGUACCUGUUUGACAAUGCAUUGGAAGGCAGGGUUCCUGACAGCAUCGCACGACUUAAGUUUCUAAGGGAGUCCGACUUUCGUGACAACCGACUGCAUGGCGAGCUACCUAAUUUCUUGGACGGCUGCUCCAGUCUUGAAGCUGUCAUGACCAAGUGGAAGAACCGCAAAGCCAGCUACCGCCACGCCUUGUUAGGAGAUCCCAUGCCAAGCCCCGACACACCGCCUACGUCUUCGCAUCAGUUUUUGCAGGCACUUGAAGAUCCACCGUCCAACUCGUCAGCCACCUUUUUGAGCCAAAGCUUUGACUAUAAAAGCAGCGGCGACGAGAGUCUCGGCGACGGAUCCCCCGAGGACGACCCCGCAAAAAACUGUCACCUCGUUGCCGAGUUCUCACACAAGCGCGUCUUCCAAGUGCCCGAUACUGCCACCAAGGGUUCCGCAGUCCAGGCACAAUGA